AUGAGCGUUAUGUCAUGGAAUUGCCAAUAUGCUCUUAAAUCACAAAAAGUUAAAAAAUAUAAAGAGGGAUAUAUAAAUUUUUCAAAUGGAAAAGUAUCACUAUAUACAACAAGUAAACAAUUUUUAGAUUCAAAUUUUAUAGCUAGUAAUACAGUACUAUGUGAAGGUUUUGAUAUAGAAACUGACACUUAUUUAAUAUCACUAGAAUCUUUAAAAACCAAUAGUAACAAUAAUAAUAAUAAUAAUAAUAAUAAUAAUGUAGCUAUUAAUAAAAAUACAUCAAACAAUACUAUUGAUAAACCGUUAUCAUCAGCACCAGUAAAUGAGCCAACUAUUAAAAAAACAAAGAAAAAAGCAUUUUCUGUGCCCUCAAAAACAAAUUUAACCACUACCAAAACAUCUAGUAACAAUAACAAUAACAAUAACAAUAACAAUAACAAUAACAAUAACAAUAACAAUAACAAUAACAAUAACAAUAACAAUAACAAUAACAAUAACAAUAACAAUAACAAUAACAAUAACAAUAACAAUAACAAUAACACCAGUACUAAUAAUAGUGAAGAAUUAAAUAAAAAAGUAAAAAAUAAUUUUUAUGGUAAUAGCGCAAUAAAAAAUAGCAAUGAAAAUAUAGAUGGCUUUAAAAAUAUUAAUAAUAAUGAUAAUACAAGUAAUAAUACAAGUAAUAGUGAUAAUGAUGACUAUGUUCAGCCUACUAUUUCAAGUAAAAAAACAUUUUUUUCAAAAAAGAUUCAGCAACCACCUCAACAAUAUGAAGAACAAAAAAAGGAUUCUCAACCACCUUCGCCACCUCAGCAAUAUAGUUUUAAAAACCAGCCCGAACCACAACAAUUCAAUUUAAUGUCUUCAAGUUACGAAGUAAUCAAAGAAGAGGAUGAUGAUGAGGACGAUAUCGAAGAUAAUGAUGAUCUUUAUUACAAACCUAUGAAUAAUCAAGUACAAUCAAUUGACCAAGGUGAGGAUAUAAGUAGUUUAUUAGAUAUGUACGAUAUAGAAGAUAAUACAAAUGAAAGCUAUAGUAAACAAAAUAAACAAACCAAAGCUGUAUAUCAAGAAAUAAAAUAUUCAAGUAACAAUAGUUACAUAGAUAAUAGUAGUUAUAAAAAUAUAGAUAUUUAUGAAUAUUCACAAAAUAAUAGAAAUAGUAAUAAUAAAAACAAUGAUUUUGAAAAAAGUGAUAGUGAUAUUUACAACAAUAAUAUAAAAAAUGGUAUUAAAAAAAAUAUUUACAAUAAUAAUAAUAAUAAUGAUAGUUAUGAUAAUGAUAAUAAUGAUGAUAAUGAUAAUAAUGAUAAUAAUGAUAAUAAUGAUAAUAAUGAUAAUGAUAAUGAUAAUGAUAAUGGUGAUAAUAAUAAUAAUAAUAAUAAUAAUAAUAAUAAUAAUAAUAAUAAUAAUAUAUAUAAUAAUGAUAAUAAUAAUGAUAAUAAUAAUGAUAAUAUUAAUAAUAAUAUAGAUAGUAUAGAUAAUAUAGAUAGUAAAGAUAAUAUUAUAAAAAAUAAUGAAAGUAUAAAGAAUAAUAAAAAGAGAGAGUUCAACUUAGAAGAUUUUGGUUUAGAUGAUUCAGACUCUUCACAAGAUGAAAUAAUAAAUAGAAAACCAAUAUCGCCAUUAUUACAAAAAAAACAACCUUGCAAUACACAAGAAUUUAAACAAACAACUAAUAAUCAACCAUUACAACAAAAACCACCACAGCCACAGCCAGAACUACAGCAACAACAACAACAAAAGCAAAUACAGCAAGUUUCGAAAAUAAUUUCACCCAGUAUUCAAGAAUGUAAACCAAUAACCCUUAACCAACCUCAACAAACUAAUAUUCCAAAACCAAUUUUAACACUAAAAUCCCCAUCCCCACCAGUAAAAAAGAUCCCACCGCAACCAUCAUUACACUUACAACCAAAAAAAAUUGAAAAUAUAUUACCAGAAAAGAGAAAGAAUGAACAACCAUCAAAAGAAAUUAAUAAAAAAAUGAACAUAGGAAUUUUAGCACAUUUAUCAUCAAUCCCAGCACCAAUAAUUCCAGAUAUACCCUACUCCACUUUUAAAACAACCAACAAUAAAUUAAAUAGAAAUUCUAAUAAUAAUAAUAAUAAUAAUAAAAAUAAAACCAAAUCAAAUAUUGAAUUAAAGAAUGAUUUUAUAAAAUUUAUAGAUAAUAGAACAUUGGCAACAUUGACUAAAGAGGGCAGUGAUUUAUUUUAUAGAAAUUGCGAAAUAAAGGAUUCAUUCAACAGUGUUGAGCAUUAUCAAAAAUCAUUUAUAGAAUCAAUUCACGAAGAUAUUAAUAUCGAAAUUAGAAGAGUAGCAAAAAGUUAUUUUACAGCAUGCAUAAAAUUAAUUAAUGGUGGUCUAAGGAGCAAUGAUAAAAAUAAUCCAAAAUGCAAAAAAGGUCACAAUUUUUCAAGAUUCGUUUCAAAGAACCAAAAUAGUAACAGUUAUGGUAAAGAAUUUUUCAAAUGCAAUAAAGAUGGUUGUGAAGAGUUUUAUUCAGUCGAGCAAUAUUAUAAACAAAAUGGUGGUAGCGAUCCAAAUGGUUCAAACAAUAGUAAUAAUGAAGCAUUGCCAAUAGUAUCUGAUAAUCGUGACUUAAUUUUAAAGAAAGACUUGUUGUCAAGAGAAACCGAAUUUUAUUUCCAAAAGAAUGGCGUUGAAAUUUAUUUAGUCGAAUGUAACUUAAAAAUAAUCGAUAUGGUUACAGGAAAUAGCAAUAGUACUAGUGGCAAUCCUCCAUCUACAUCCCAACAUAAAACUGAAACUCAUUAUUUCUUAAAUUUUAACAAAAGAAAGAAUGCAACAUACGAAAAGGAUGAUAUAUGGAUAAUUUCAACAAGCACAGAUUUCUCGCGUAGCAAUUGUUUUCUAGUUAAAAGUUUAUACUAUGGUCAAGCUAAAUCUGGUGUAAUUAAAGUAGAGGCUCUGGAUGGAUCGACAUUCCCUAAAUCACUUCAAAAAGUAAAUCAAGUUUAUGCAAUUCAUUUAACAGAGUUUGGAAAUGAACUAAGUGUUAUCGAAAAUUUAAAAAACACUGACAACUUGGAGUCUUUACCAGUUAUGCCAUUAAUUUUAAAUCCUCUUAAAUAUAAAAUCUCAAAUGAAACUAUUGAUUUAUUUUCUUUAAAUUUAAAAUAUCAAGAUGGUCUUAAUAUUGCAAACGAUUUUAUUAAUACAUAUCAUUUAAAUUUAGAUCAAAAAUUAGUUUUAUUAAAAUGUUUAACUUGGUUUAAUUUUAAAGAAAGUGUACCAAUAGAUAUUGAAAAACAAAAGAAAAGCUCGUGUAUAUUAGUUCAUGGUGUAUUUGGCAGUGGAAAAUCAACUUUAUUAGUCGUUAUAAUUUUAUUUAUAUUAAAUCUUUGUGAAAAAGGUCAGAAUGAUCAUAUUAAAAUUUUAAUAUCAUCACUAACAAAUAUUGCGGUCGAUAGAAUUCUUUUGGCACUAUUGGAACAGGGUUUCACUGAAUUUAAUCGUGUUGGUAGUGUUAAAAAAAUUGCAAAACCAAUUUUGCUCUAUACAGUUCAUAGUAGCAGUGGUAUCAAUAAUAGCAUAUCAUCGGAUGAAGAAGAUCAAUUUAAGCAACUAAAUCAAAUGAUCCUAUUCAAACCAAAAGGAAGCAGAUCUAGUAGUUUCAAUGAUUGA